AAAAUUAUUAAAAAAUUUAUAAUGAGUCAAACAAAUGGACUAUUUGAUAUUCUGUUUAGAGGAUUAGUUGAUUAUGAAACACAGAAAGUGGUACAAAUUCAUUCAAAGAAAAUCGGAGUCACAUUUAGACUCAUACAAUUAGGAAUUAUUCUCUAUGUUGUAUUAUGGGUGAUGAUCUAUGAAAAGGGUUAUCAGUCAUUUGAUCAAGCAGUGAGUGGAGUGACUGCCAAGUUGAAAGGUGUUGCUUUCGCCAACGUGACUAAUAAUCCAUCACUUGGAGCCACUGUCUGGGAUGCGGCUGAUUAUGUGAUACCACCACAACAGAAUUCAGCAUUCUUUGUGAUGACCAAUUUGAUUUAUACACCUGGACAGACAUUGGGACAUUGUGAAGAAUCACACGAUGUUUUUGGCAAUAGUUGUCACAAUGAUUCACAAUGUCACUCUGGACAGUUAGUUCAACGUGGUAGUGGAAUACAAACAGGGAAAUGUGUGAAUUCAACAAGGCAAGCAAAUUUACGUGUUUGUGAAAUAUAUGGUUGGUGUCCUACAGAACACGGUAAAAUUCCGAGACCACAUUUAUUAUCAUCAGCAGAGAAUUUCACUGUAAUGAUUAAGAAUAAUAUUGAAUUUCCUCAUUUUCGAGUGAAAAGAAGAAAUAUUUUAAGUUGGAUGAGUCGUUUAUUUCUGAAAACAUGUUUAUAUGAUCCGAACGACGAUAAAUUUAAAUACUGUCCUGUUUUCCGUCUUGGUGAUAUAUUAAAAUAUUCUGAUCCAGUGAAUAAAGAUAUAUGGGAGACUGGUGGUAUGGUAUCAAUUCACAUUGAAUGGAAUUGUAAUCUAGAUUUCGAUGAGGAAAAGUGUUUACCGAAAUAUGUAUUUCGUCGAUUAGAUGACUUUCAGAGUAAUGUGGCGAAUGGAUGGAAUUUCCGAUUCAGUCAGCAUUACAUUGAUGGUGGUGUACGUAAACGUAAUUUGAUUAAAGCUUAUGGUAUACAGUUUUUCAUAACAGUGUAUGGAACUGGUGGUAAAUUCAAUAUUUUAACAUUUUCAAUGAACUUGGGUUCUGGAUUGGCACUACUCGGUAUAGCUACUAUGUUAUGCGAUUUGAUUGUGUUGAAUAUUACAGAAAAAAGAGACAUUUAUCGUAAAGCAAAAAUUGAUUUAAUCGCUGAAAAAAUAAAUGUACACCAGUCUAGUGAAAAACGUAACAUUCAUGAUGAUUCUUAUCCAGUAGUUAAAGAAACUAAAAGUGAUAAGAAACGUCAUUUAAUAAUUCGACGUCAUCAUGAAUUUGUGAGGACACCUGAUUCCAUUCGUCGAUCUCCAUUUUCAUCGCUAAAGCAAUUAAUUAUUGAAAGAAGUCCAUUAUCAUUUAGAAGAUCAACUAUUACGCCUAUAAACUAUAUCCCUGAAAUAAAAUCAAAACAAAAUCCCACUUCGUUAAUUCAAUCUAAUUUGUUAUCGAAAGCACAGAUAUCGAAAGAAAAUUUAAUUACAAUCAACCAUUAUGAACAAUCUAAACAAAAUUUCACUUCAAUUAUCAAUAAAACAGAUAACAAUUUCAGUAAUGCUUCAAUUUUAUCUAAUAAUUCCCAUUCAUCGAUUUCUAAUUUAUCUGAUAUGGCAACAUUUCAAAAGUCUGAUUUCUCAAUUAAACCAUCUACUACUUUUAGUGUUCAUACUACUAAUAAACAACAAUAUUGGAGACAACAAAGACUUCUUCAGGAAUGAAAAUAAAUUUUUUUUUAAAAUAAAGAAGUAUCCAGAGCAUUUUAGAUUCAAAUAUCAUUGGAAUCACAAUUGUGAUGAUAUAUGUUAAUGAAGUGAAUUGUUGAAUAUAAGUUGUCUUAUUCAUUACUAUUACUAUUAUGAUAGUUGUUUUGUUUUUCAAUGAAUAAAAUCAACAAUUUCAAUACUGA